UAUGGCGGAAGGUUUGAUAAUAGACUGUCGUUUGUUAUUGUCGCGGUUUGAGAACCUAAACACUGUAAGGUUUGAAAAAUUUUGUGAAGUAUGGAGAGAAAUGAACUUCUCUUUAAUUCACUGCGGUGGUAGAGAUGAUGACCGAAGAAUCCAGCUUGUGGAUUAUCUGUUUCGUAUCAUCAGCACUUACCUUGAAUCGACUCCAAGUAGCUUUCAGUGUCGCAUUGGAGCUCUUUACGCUCUCUAUGCUGUCUAUCAUACUCAGCUUUGCCAACCAAAAGUGAAGAUUCGUAUGACAUUAUCUAUGAUGAGGGAUCUCAAGGAACUACAUAAACAGAUCAUCGAGCAAAAGCAUCACGAUGCUGAUUAUAUCUUGAGACUUCUGAAUAAUGAAAAUGCAUUCUUAUUUGUUGCUAUGCCAAUACCGCUUUCCUAUGGUUCCAGAGAAACCAUUACUGGCCAAGAUGAAGGCCACAGUUCCACUUUGAUUGAGGAGGUGAAUGAAACUGUGGAGGAAAGGUUUCGAGCAAUGGAGAAUCUAGAAGAAGCUCAUAACAACUACAAAGAAUUAAAAAACAAGUUACAAGAAACAGGGCUCAUUACUGGAGAUAGGUCAUUCAAAGCUAUAUCUGAAGAAACAGUGACAGAUGUUGCCAGUGAAUUACAAAAAUUUGGUGACUGGAAACGAAUGAGAUGUCAGAAGCAUGUGUUAGAGAAGAAAACAGGAACAUCAUUAUCAGAUGCAAAUAGUGUUCAAACAGGAAACAUGCAAUUAACAACAACAGCAAAUGACGAGGCCAGUCCAGGGACCUCAGCUCUCAGUCAGGAAAAUAUAUCAAAGAGCUCAAGGAUAAAAGACAUAAAGAAGAGAUCAUUUUCUACAGCAGCCAAGGUUACGAGAAGUAUGAGACACCUUCAGCCAACAAUUGAAUCUACAGAUGAUGAAGGUAGCAAAUCAAAGAGAAAGCGUGCCAAAAAAUAGCAGAAAUUUCCUGAAAUACUGGGAUAUUUACGGGUAAUUUUUGUUAGAAGUAGUAAGUUUAUAUUAAAAAAAAAAACAACAUACAUGAUUGUACAAUAAAUACAAAGAAUAAACUUUAUUUAUUAGUAGUUUUCUCUUUCCAAAGAAUAUUAUUUAGCACCUCCCUAUUAUGUAGAAUGAAAGCAAAUGUUUUCUAAACAGUUUUUCGUCCAGUUUUUGACAAAAUACCCUUAAGAAAGUUGAGAUUUCCCUACACAAACCAUCAAAGUUACAUUGAUUUCAUUU